ACAGAUCUGAGUAUAAUGUUCAGGAUUAACGGCUCUUUAGUGAGGCGAACACGGUUCUCUGCUGUGCGUCGAGUCUAUCCAAGCAGAUCGAUCAUCAUCAAUUCGGACUUGCAAAGGCUUCUCGAUGAUGCAAAUGAACAUCCCGUUAUCGUUAUUGGAGGUGGCCAUGCUGGAUGUGAAGCAGCUACAGGGUCAGCUCGUACAGGCUCUAAAACUACCUUGGUAACUCCUUUCAUAAACAAGAUAGGUACAGCCUCUUGUAACCCAUCGAUGGGGGGUGUGGGGAAAGGUACUCUUCUUCGUGAAGUUGAUGCAUUGGAUGGGGUUUCAUCUAAGGUCACCGAUAAGGCUGGCAUUCACUUCAAAGUUUUGAAUGCUUCCAGGGGACCGGCGGUACAUGGACCCCGUGCUCAGAUAGACCGUAAAAUUUACUUGGAAGAGAUGCAAAAAGUAAUCCUUAACUACCCAAAUUUAUCUGUUUUGGAAGCACAAGUUGAAGAUAUCAUCAUAGAUCCCUCUCAUAGCGAUGUUGAUUUUUCUGGAAGAAACUAUGGUCAAGUGAAAGGUGUUAUUUUGUCUGAUGGUCGUGUUUUAAGAUGUUCUAAAGUGGUUGUAACUACUGGUACUUUCUUGGGAGGUGAAAUACAUAUAGGGUUAACAGCAUAUCCUUCUGGGCGUAUGGGUGAAGACGCCACUUUUGGCUUAUCAAAAACAUUCAGGGAAGCAGGGUUCCGUGUCGGUAGACUCAAAACUGGUACCCCACCUCGAUUAUCUUCUAAAACUAUCGAUUAUUCCAAUUUGAAAUCAGAAAGUUCUGAUUUCCCUCCGCAACCAAUGUCUUACAUGAAUGAUAAGGUUUCUCUCGAAGAUAAACUAAUGAAAUGCUAUAUAACCUACACUAAUCCCGAUUUCCAUGACUUGAUUGCAGAUAAUCUUGAUAAAUCAAUACAUAUAAGAGAAACAGUCAAGGGACCUCGUUACUGCCCUUCAAUUGAAUCAAAAAUAAUCAAGUUUCCACAAAAAUCAUCACACAUGGUUUGGCUUGAACCUGAAGGUUUGGAUACUGACAUUGUGUAUCCAAAUGGUAUUUCCUGUACCAUGCCAGAGGAUAUCCAAGAAAAGAUGGUUAGAAUGUUGCCGGGUUGUGAAAAUGUUACUAUGACUCAACCGGGUUAUGGUGUGGAAUAUGAUUACUUAGACCCUAGGGAAUUGAAAAACACUCUCGAAACUAAGUUAGUCAACGGUCUAUACUUAGCUGGUCAGAUUAAUGGUACCACUGGCUAUGAAGAAGCUGCUUCACAAGGUUGUAUAGCGGGUAUAAAUGCAGGGUUAGCGGCAGAAAAUAAACUGCCUUUGGUUCUCCGUCGUUCUGAUGGUUUUACAGGUGUUUUGAUAGAUGAUCUUAUCACGAAGGGUGUGGAAGAACCUUAUAGAAUGUUCAGUUCACGUUCUGAAUUCAGAGUUUCAAUAAGAUCUGAUAAUGCUGAUUACAGACUAACUGAAAAGGGGUUCACAGCAGGUGCUGUUGGUUCAGAGAGAUACAAUCAUUUUAAAAAUGAAUUAGAAAUUUUCCAGCUCGUGAGAGAUCAUUUGAAGUCUAUUUCUAUGAGUGGUCAUAAAUGGGGAAAUUUGUUAGAAGGUGUUAAUCGCGAUUUUAAAAAGAACACUCCGGUCGACGCUUUCAAGCUUUUGUCAUAUGUUGAUAUCAAUAUGGCAGGCCUUCUUCCCCAUUUGAAUAAAAUUGGCGAACUUCCUUCUGUUUACAAUAAACUUAACAAGAGAUUAAUAUCAAGACUUGAAGUCGAAAGUUUAUAUGAAUUGUGGACUAAGAAGGAAGCUACUCACGUCAAGGCAUAUGAAGCAGAUGAAAAUCUCCUUUUACCUUUGAAUUUCAAAUAUAGUAAUGAAGGAAACUUAAAAAUUUCUCAUGAAGUCUGCACUUUACUUAACACCGUUCAACCGGAGACAAUUGGUCAAGCCAGAAGGGUUCAAGGUAUCACCCCUGCUGCUAUUUUCGAGCUUUACAAGUUGGUCAAAGGUAAGCAGAACGAACUAGCUGCCCAAAGGCUGGCAGCUUAAGUUGAUUUUCAAAUUGUAAACAUCCUGUAGAUAUUCUAUUUAUAUUUAAUGUACAUAAGUUAUAAUACAGACCUCGAUCUAUU